UUUCUGUCUACAUUCCAAAGUCCAAGAAAACAUCAGAGGAACCAGCUAUGAAGGUGGUACCCAUCUUUCUGCUGGUGACGAUUGGUAUUUGUGGUUAUUCUGCCACUGCCUUUCUUAUCAACAGUGUCCCUCUUCCUGUUGACAAAGUGUUACCUUUACCUUUGGACAACCUUAUUCCCUUAUUUGAUCCCUUGAAGAUGCUUCUGAAAACCCUGGGAAUUUCUGUAGAACAUCUGGUGGAAGGGCUGAAGAAGUGCGUGAAUGAGCUGGGGCCAGAGGCUUCAGAGGCUGUGAAGAAGCUUCUGGAGGCUCUAUCACACCUGGUAUAAAAUCUGCAUAAACAGAUUUAAGGUGCGAGUGAAGAGAAGGAUGU